UAAGUGCUUCUCUCCACAUUAUUGCUUCAUUUUCACAGAGGCAACAGCAAUGGGAAAUGUUGCUUGUUGUAAAGAACACUGCACAGGAUGCCCAUGCUCUUGCUGCCUUUACCCAGUGGAGAAUGAUGCUUUAAUCUACUGUAACCCCAUGAGUGUCAGUCUGUAUGACUACACUGCUCGCACUGCUGAGGACCUGAGCAUACAGAAGGGGGACCGACUGGAAAUACUGAAGGAGGAAGAGGACUGGAUAUAUGUGAGGAAACAAGUAGAAGAGGGCAAGGAAGAAGAGGGAUAUGUUCCCAGGAGUUUUAUUAGGCUGGUAGGGAGUAUUGAGGCUGAACCCUGGUACUUUGAACACAUUACCAAGCGGAUGGAUGCCAAGAGGUGUCUGCUUAGAGUGGAAAAUGGAGAAGGAGCCUUUUUGGUGUGGAAGAGUGAAGAGCAAAGGCACUAUUAUCUGUCAGUCCGGAAUGGAGAUGCAGCGAGACACUACAAAAUACUGGAAGCUGAAGACAUUUAUUAUCUUGUAGAGCGUAAACAGUUCAUCAGUGUUUCUCAGUUGGUGAAAUACUAUACACAGCACGAGGAUGGACUAUGUACUCAACUCGACAAGCCCUGUGUUAAGCUCGAUUUACCGUCCAUCCAUACCCUGUCCCACUUCACUGCUGACCAAUGGGAGGUUGAGAGAAGCACCUUGAAGAAAGUAAAAUGGCUGGACAGUGGCGAGUUUGGAAAUGUCUGGGAAGGAAUCUGGAACAAUACAACUGAUGUGGCAAUCAAGGAAGUCAAUGUAAGCUCCCAAUUUAAGGAACAAAUCCUGAAUGAAAUUGUGAUCAUGAAAGAGCUAAACCAUGAAAGGCUGCUAAAGCUGUAUGCUGUGUGCACGCAGGAGGAACCCUUCUGUAUUGUCACAGAGCUCAUGAGGAAUGGGAGUCUCUCGAAGUUUCUUAAGGAUCACAGUGAAAAGAAAGACUUGGAAUAUUCUUUGAUGAUUGACUUUGCAGUUCAGAUUGCAGAAGGCAUGUCUUACCUGGAGAGACAGAACAUUAUUCAUAUGGAUCUGCGAGCAGAUAACAUUCUACUGACUGGAAUGCUGUCCUGCAAGAUUUCUGACUUUGGCCUGGCUCACUUUACUAAUAAUCAGAUACAGAUGGAAGAUGUAAAAGUCCCUAUAAAAUGGAUGGCUCCAGAGGUAUUCAACAGAAGUGAAUUCACCAUCAAAUGUGAUGUAUGGUCCUUUGGGAUCCUUCUGACUGAAAUUAUUACAUAUGGACAGGAGCCAUAUCCAGGUAUGAGUAAGACUGACUGUGUAAAAUUCCUGUUAAAUGGGAGGCGUAUGUCACCUCCUGAAGGCUGCCCAGACUCGCUAUAUGACAUCAUGCUGCUAUGCUGGAAACAGAACUCAUUGGAAAGGCCAGCAUUUAUUGAACUACAUGGAAAACUGCUAAAUCUGAUACAAGCUUCUCUGGUAGAGGAGACUCUAGGUGGACCAGAAGAAUGAAGUCACAACUAGGGAGUAGGUCUUCUAGAAACCUUAAACCUUAGUAUUCCCAUGGUGUGGCCAGUAUUACUGACUGUCUGCUAGAGAAUUUCUUCACAGUGUCACCAGAGAAGCAGCUCAGAUCAAACGGCUGAUAAAAAUAUAGUGACAUGGAAUCCAAAGCAGUGUUGCUGUUUGGUUGUUCAAGCAAACAGAGCUUUUUAUUUAUGUGAAAGGCUUUCAGCUUUGAGCACAAGCAUGGCUAAUUAGUACACACCAGGAACUGCUGUGUAAUUCCAGUAGUCCUUUAAAUUGAAGCACAUUAAUGAAUAAUUUAAACCAGGUAUUAUACCAGGUAUUAUAAAUAGCAAGUAAGUUUACUUUACCCUACUAAAUAAAAUGUUUUAUAUAA